AUGGCCGGGAUAUUGAAGCCGCCGGGAGCAUUUGCAGUUACGCCGCACAGAGUUUCCGUUUGCAUUUUAAUUCAAUUGUUCGCACCGCCGGGGCAAAGUUCCGUUCCGUUGUCGUUCCCCUCUGUUUCCGACCACAAUCGUCUAGGACUGUUCCUUAUUUCUCUCACUAAGUCCUGUGAUCAUGUUUUGGAGCCAAAGCUGGAUGAGCUGAUUGAGCUGUUGAAAGAAGUUGGUGACUGGUUGAUUGCUCACUUGACUAGCAGAAUAUCAUCGUUUGAAUCACCCGAUGAUUUAUUUAACUUCUUUACUGAUCUAAGAAGUACUCUGGGGGGGACUGAUUCUAGUGUCGUGGAUGAUGAUCAAAUUAUGCUUGAGCCAAGCAGCAUUCUUGGGUUGUUUGUGCGACAUUGCAUACUUGCUUUCAAUCUGUCAACCUUCGAGGGUGUCUGCCAUCUCUUAACAAGUAUAGAGAUGUAUCGUAAAGAAUACUUUUCAAGAUGUCCGUACGAGCUAUCCCAUUUAGAAGAUUGUACUAAUGAUGCUGAAUCAUCGAUGCGAUAUGAGAACAUGGAAUUGGAGAAUCUUGUGUUUGAGAAAGUUAGUGAAGAGUUUGAAGCACGGAAAUUGGCUAAUGAGAGAAUUUCUUUUCAUAUGCAUGCACCUAAAGCACUUUUCGGACUUAUUGAAGAUGGAGAUAUUUCUUCAGGCUCAGAUCUCAAACAAUUUGAUAAAAUAACGGAAGGUCGCUCCUGCGCACCUCCUCCAAAAGAUGAAAUGAAUGAUCUAGAAUCACAGGCUGGUGCCAUCCUCCGUACAAAUUGGCAAGUACAGGGUUUCUUAUUAGAGCAAUCUGAUGCAAUUGAAAGGCAUGGCAGCGCAUUUCCUUUGAAUGCCUUUGAGUCUGUACUUAAUCAGCUUCAGAAACUUGCUCCAGAGCUGCAUCGGGUUCAUUUCUUGCGCUAUUUAGCGAGCCUUCACCAUGAUGACUACCCUGUGGCUUUGGAGAAUCUUCAUCGUUAUUUUGACUACAGUGCAGGGACAGAAGGACUUGAUAUUGUACCACCUUCCACUGGAGGUGUUAGUUCUGGUCGUUAUGAAGUCGCUUUACUAUGCUUAGGGAUGAUGCAUUUCCAUUUUGGCCAUCCCAACCAAGCUUUGGAGGUCUUAACCGAAGCAGUUAGACUUUCGCAGCAGCAAAGCGAUGAUGCUUGUCUUGCAUACACUUUGACAGCCAUUUGCAACCUACUAUCUGAAGUUGGUAUUUCGAGCACAACUGGGAUUCUUGGAUCAUCUUGCCCUCCAGCAAUGAACAUGCGAACUUCCCUGUCCAUUCAACAGCAAUUAUAUGUGCUUUUGAGAAGGUCUAUAAAAAGAGCUGAAAGCUUAAAAUUAAAAAGAUUGGUGGCCUCCAAUCAUCUCGCGAUGGCAAAAUUUGAGCUAAGUCAUGUUCAAAGGCCAUUGUUAUCUUUUGGUCCAAAGGGUCCCACGAAGCUUACAACCUGCCCUAUCAAUGUCUGCAAGGAAUUAAGGUCGAGCUCCUAUCUUAUUAGUGAAUUCGGUGAUGAAAAUUCUUCAAUGACUACUGAUGGUGCUUUAUGCACUACUUGGCUCAAGAAUUUGAAGAAUCCAAUCGGUUCACUCAUUUUCUCGCAAGAAAAUGAGUCUAGGAGCAAUCCGGAUGCUUUUCAGUUCUCUGCACAGCCCAAUUCUGUCCCUGGUUCUGUGCUUCAAUUAUUAGGUGCCUCAUCAUUGGUUCGUGCUACUGCAUGGGAGUCAUAUGGCUGUACUUCACUUGCACGGAUAAAUACCCUGGUCUUUACAACAUGCUUUGCCAAGUCAUCAAGUUCAGCUGAUUCAGCAUUAGCAUAUGCGAAGUUGAUCCAACAUUUGGCUAUCUUUAAAGGACACAAAGAAGCUUUCAAGGCUCUUAGAAUAGCUGAGGAGAAGUUUGUAUGUGUUUCAAAGUCUAGAAUCUUGCUAGUAAAGCUGCAGUUACUUCAUGAGCGUGCUCUACACAGAGGGCAUUUGAAAUUUGCUCAGCAAAUAUGUAAUGAACUUGGAGUUCUAGCCUCUUCAGUAACUGGUGUGGAUAUGGAGCUGAAGACAGAAGCUAGUCUGCGGCAUGCUCGAACGCUGCUUGCAGCUAACCAAUUUAGCGAGGCUGCAACUGUUGCAAACUCCCUUUUCUGCAUGUGUUAUAAGUACAAUAUGCAGGUUGAGAAUGCCACUGUUCUGCUUCUGCUUGCUGAGAUACAUAAGAGAUCAGGAAAUGCUGUCCUUGGGAUUCCUUAUGCUUUGGCUAGUCUCUCGUUCUGUCAGUCUUUUAAUUUGGAUCUUCUGAAGGCCUCCGCGACGUUAACACUAGCUGACUUAUGGCUUUUGCUUGGAUCAGACCAUGCAAAAAGAGCUUUAGCCCUCUUACAUGGCGCUUUUCCUAUGAUUCUCGGACAUGGUGGUCUGGAACUGCGCGCUCGAGCGCAUAUAACAGAAGCAAAAUGCUAUCUAGCAGACCCGAGCUUUUCUGUUUCAGAAAAUCCGGAGGUAGUGGUUGAACCUUUGAAGCAAGCUACUGAAGCACUUCAACUAUUGGAGUAUCAUGAAGUAGCAGCCGAAGCUUAUUACUUGCUGGCAAUUGUAUACAACAAGUUGGGACUCUUUGAAGAAAGGAAAGAAGCUUCGGCUUCGUUUAAGGAACACAUUGUAGCUCUUGAAAAUCCUGCGGACAAGGAACAAUAUCUUUCUAGUUUGUUGUGGAUUACAAACAACCGGAGCAGCAGUAACAUCAAACUUACAGGACUCAUCAAGUGUUGA